CCGGAAGUUAUCCGACAGACAAAUGAUGUAACACAGAAAGUUCCGGACCAGCUUAACGUUAAAGGUCGACAUAACAUAGCCGGUAGAACUGCGUACGUUUUUAUCAGCCAGCAAAGUCCGAAAUCUUCCCCCCAAAGUAUCAAAAUGCCAAGAGGAAGCAGAAGCCGAACAUCUAGGAUGGCCCCUCCAGCCAGCCGGGCCCCACCUCCACCAAUGGCCAGGGCCGCACCCCCUCCCUCCUAUGCCCCGGCUCCAGUGCAUGCUCCUCCAUCUGCUGUGGGUGCUCCGGCUUCCGCGCCCAGGCAGCCCGGUAUGUUUGCCCAAAUGGCGACUACAGCCGCUGGGGUGGCAGUGGGCUCUGCCGUAGGACACACCCUUGGCCACGCCAUGACUGGAGGCUUCGGCGGAGGAAGCUCAGAGCCUGCCAAGGCCGACGUCACGUACCAGGAGCCGUAUCAGCAGCAGCCCCAGUCCAUGUACCAGCAGCAGCCCCAGUCCAUGUACCAGCAGCAGCCUCAGGAACAGCAGCAGGCCUGCUCUUAUGAGCUCAAACAGUUUGUCGAGUGUGCCCAAAACCAGAGCGACUUCAAGCUCUGCGAGGGCUUCGGUGAGGUGCUGAAACAGUGCAAGUCCUCUUAUGGUCUGUCAUGAGGCAAACUCCUGGAGAUUGAAGACACGCACAAACUGCAUUGAGCCUUCGCGUUGGAUGAAUACGAAGAGUGUUUUAACUUGUAACAGAUCAAUAAACAUGCUUCAUUUUGAGCUGAUUAUCAUA